GACGUUGAAGUAGAUUGGGACCAGAAAUCCCUGGAGAGAGAGAGAGACAUGAGGUCAGGUAGGAGGGCUAUAAAAGCACUCCCUCCUUUACUGGAACAUGCACUUAAUGUCAAUCUGGGUAUGACUGAAGAUUUGGGAUGCACAGCAGUUUGCUUCUGUCUGCAACUCAUUUGACUAAAACAGCAAAAUGUGUGAACAAGUAUGCUGAGCAGGGGAACUCUGUGAAAGAGGUAGAGAUCGACAAGUCAAAAAGAUGAGGAAGUUCCAGAAAAGUUUGGGCUGUUUAUUCCUUCUCUGUUGCAUCUGUUUGACUGAAUGUCGGGUGCUGAAGUUUGUCGUAGUUGUGUUCCGACACGGUGAUCGAUCGCCUAUUGAGUCGUAUCCCAGGGAUCCUCAUGGGGAGGAAGUGUGGGCUCAAGGCUUCGGACAGCUGACUGAGCUGGGCAUGAAACAACAGUUUGAGCUGGGCAGGUUUCUAAGGAGGCGUUAUGGAAACUUUCUCAGUGAAGACUACAACAACAAAGAGUUAUAUGUGCGGAGCACUGACUAUGACCGCACUCUGAUGAGUGCCCAGGCCUGCCUCGCUGGGAUGUUCCCCCCAACCAGACGCCCGCCUCCCAUCAUGCCCCAGUUACUGUGGCGGCCUAUUCCAGUGCACACCGUCCCCAGGGCCCAGGACAAGCUGUUGAAGUCUCCAAGCAAAGACUGUCCAAGGUUCAGAGCGCUGAUGACGGAGACCUUUGAGAGUGAGCCCUACCAGAGGUUCCUCAGGGCUCACCAGUACUUUGUGGAGGGACUUUCCAACCACACUGGAUACCCCAUCUCCAAACUGGUUGGCAAAAAAAUAUGGAGGGUCUAUGACACUCUUACCUGUCAGAGGAUCCAUAACUUGACUCUCCCACGCUGGGCCACCCAAGAUGUUCUGGACACCCUGAAGAGAGUAGCAUCAUUUGAGGUCAUGUACAGCAUCCUCAGUCACAAGCGAAAAGAGAAGGCCAGGCUCUCGGGAGGGGUCUUACUGAAUGCUAUCCUGAGGAAUUUCUCCAGGGCCAUAGAGCAAGGCAGCACUCUCAAAUUCAUUAUGUACUCAGCUCAUGACUCUACACUCAUCACCCUCCAGGCGGCUCUGGACGUUUACAACGGCCUUCUUCCUCCUUACGCGGCCUGUCAACUCUUUGAGUUCUACCAGGAGUAUGAUGGUUCCUAUUCUCUGGAGCUGUAUUACCGCAAUGACUCCAGGAGCGAACCCUACCCCAACCCAGUGCCAGGAUGCAACGGGUUGAACCCAUGCCCUUUGCCCAUGUUCACCGAGCUGGUGCAGGACAUGGUGGCAGAGGACUGGGAGGUUGAGUGCGGGUUUAGGACAAGAUGGUCAAGCACAGGUGUCAUAACAGCUCUUGCAGUGGCUGUGGGUCUCCUGGCAGUGGCACUGUUGUUCAGCAUAGGAAUGGCAAUCCAUAGGAGGAGAGCACACUACUCCAGGGAGGUGUAGUGCAGACAACCGUCACACAUGUGCCAAAAUACAGAGAGGUGCUUCUCAGCUGUGGAAACAGCUCUAAUAAUAAUGUGCCAUGUAUUUUAAUAUUUUAGAUCCUGAUUGGGUGUGUGGAGGGGUUUGUGAGCUCUUCUUCUAUGAAUUAUGUUUGUGUGACUAAAAGAAUAUACAGCAUGUACAUGAAGAGUUUUGAAAAGUAUUUUAACAGAGAAAUAAAACAUAUUCAAAAUACA